AUGAACACCACAAAAGACGCAAAACAAGAGAAACGAGGUUUCUGGAGCAACCUCUUCCGCUCGCGAAGCUCCAAGGGCAAAAAUGCAAAACUUGAAAAGAACCACCCCAAGAAGACCACAGGGGACAGUCCAGAUGGAGACGUUCAUGUCCCAGCCACUCGGAGAACACCUCCUGGGCUUCGCCGGCCAGGCCCUACCCAAGUCCGGCAGCCAGGUCCCAUUCCGGUGCAGGAACAGCAGCCAGCGAGAUACCAGAAAGAGAAGGUCUCGGCGCCUGCUAAUGGCGGCAAUCAAGCGGCAGUCUACCAAUACCCUGACAGGGCCAUGUCCAAGUCCGCCGGCGGCACAAAGCGUGCAAAGGGCAAGGCAAGCCCCGCGCCGAAAAGCAACGGGACUUCCUACUCCUCUGUUCCAGUCAGCCCGUUAACCGAGUGGCCUCCGAACAACAUCCCCGCCGACACAGAACUCCCUCUGGGAGGGGCCAUUGAGUACAUUUCCCGGGGUGCACCUGUCUACAGCGGCUUCCGAAAGGACGUUCCGCACAUGUCCGACCAGUACUUUACCCUCUACAGCACAUCGACGGGAAACCAGAAGACAUCGGGCGCAAGUCGAAGCGGACGACAUAGCAGAGAUGGGGAUCGCGAUCGUGACAGGGGACGAGGCGACCGCCGCGGGGAGAGGGAUGUGGACAGGAACAACAGCAACAACGGCGACAUCUCGACGGACGGCAUAGAUCUACACAACUCCAUGACGCAGUUCAUGACAAUGCGCAUCAACCAAGGGCCAGGCUCUUCUGCGAGUUCAUCUCAAACUCCACUCUCGCCUUGGGACACACUCGAGCAGCCAAGCUUCGCAUUUUGCUUUGGCCGACGGCCGGGCACCAUUACCCUGAACCAUUGGGCCGGCCUCUCUGGAUCCUUGCCGCCGACGAUUGCCCUGCGCGACUCCGGGGUCCGCCCGCGCGACGUCAACCUCACACAGAUAUGCCAGCGACUACGAGACAUCCAACUGAAUGGCCUAUGCGAAGACGACGAGGACCGCCUUUACCGCAACCUAUAUCGCCGCCUCUUAAGAGAUCCCGACCGAAUGUUUGGCCCCCACCGUACUUUGGACAAGCAGAUUACCGAUCUAAUCUUGGUGUUGUCACGCCCCGACUACUGGAUCGACUUUACGGUUCCGCGCAACCAGGUCGCCACCCGUUUUAUUUUUGACACCGGCCACUCCAACCAUGAGCAGUAUCAACGGUUCUUCCACCAGCUACUGCUCAGCAUCGAACUCGACCUUCGCAUCUCGUCCCGCCACCACAGCGACUGGGCCAAGGAGAAACUUCUCCAGCAACUCCCGCCGUCGCUCCAGUGGGACCUGGCCCUCGCCCGUCGCUGGCAGGACAACAUCCGCGUGGAUGCCUAUGGAAAAUCGGCCGAUCAAGUGAAACUUCGACUCAAGCUCAAGAACCGCCAAGUCCGCAUGUUCAAACGCUUUGCCGGCAUGAUGAAGUGGCCCAACUACGCGGCGACCGUAGCCAACUUGAAGCAGCGCGAUGCCGAUGGCAGCCUCACCUCUAUCAGCUCGCAUGCCAUGGCCUUUUUCAGUGGCCUUGUACUACCCGGGCCGACGUUCCCAUUUACAAUCAUGAACGCCCUCAUCGACGUCGAUCCCGACCAAGCCACCGACGAUCUGUCUUUGCUCACCCAUUUGCAUCCCAAUUGCGGUUUCCAGUACCGCAACAGCUACACAUACUGGACGUCAACGUGUAUUGUCGGCAAGGUGUUGGCGCCAACUUGCCGGGAGCUUGCCGGCUGGAUCGGCCCUGCCCGCCCAACGGUCGAUCUCGGCCGGUCACAGAUUGCCCGCAUUCGGACCCGACGACCACGACAGGACCUCUCGCCAGACGAUGCGCUCACGAUGGCCGAACGCUCCGACCCACUUGGACCGCCUGCCGAAGUCUUCCCCGUCAAGGAAUACAAUCUUGUUUCGGCGGACUCGUCGGACGUCGUAGACACCGUUCGUAUUGAGCUAUUGACUCUCCGUCCUGCUGCUACGCCAGGUCCCUCAACAGGCGCCAGCCCGGCUUCGGCCGGCUCCGGCUCUCUGCCACCACCCUCGACAGCUGGCACACCUGUUCCAGGCAGCAGCACUGCCCCUCGCUGGUUCGACGCCUCCGUCCAGUUUGCCAUUGACGGCAUAUCGUGGCCGAUGCGCCUUAACUACGAUGUUUCCUUUGUUUGUGCGUGGCCUUGCUCCAACAAGCCGCAUCCGCUCUUUUUUGAUUACGUAUACGAUGUCGUCAAGGCCGACGAGAUUGUCAACGUCCACGACUGGGCCACGCCUUGCCCGUCCCCCGGUACGGCCGCUGCGACAGCGCAUUCCGCCCACGCCCGGAACCAGACGGUGCCACCGACAGUCCGCUUUGGGGGUGCAGGUAUCCCUGGCCCUCGCUACCCAUCCGUCUCGAAGGACGGGGACGACGAAAAGGUUCUCGUAGUGGAGGCAUUUGGCGUGCCGGACAACGAAGUCCUGGCACGUGCAUGGUGCUCGCAUUGGGGGCUCAGUGCCAUUGUGGCUGAUGUGAAGGAGACUUGCUUGGCAUGCGCCAUCCGAGAAGCAUAUGCCGCCACAAUAACGGUAGUCAUCCUCGUGGAAGGCCAGCCGGCCUACGGUGACGACUAA